CUCGGUUAAAAAAUUCGAGGGAACGAUCUCUUUCGAAAGAAUAUUUGUGCAGGUGUGACAAGCUAAUAAUAACAGCCAAAUAAGGGCUGCCUAAAAAACGGCUUCAAACCUACUUAACCGUUAAGUGCAUUUACUAGCCCUAGCAAUAUGAGUAAACCAGGCAGUGCUCCUCCGCAGUUCACCUAUGUUCCGCCACCCUCAGCUCCUCCUUCAUACCAGGAGGCGGUAGGCGGAGUUAAGCCAGUAGGUCCAUAUACGCCAGUGGUAGCCCCCGCCACCACGGCAAAUACUACUAUUGUGACUACAGUGGUGCCCAUCAGCCGCACGUCGACGCACAUGAUCUGUCCAUCGUGCCACGCCGAGAUUGAGACCACCACGCGCACUGAGCCAGGAAUGAUUGCCUACUUGUCCGGAUUUUUGAUUGCCUUAUUCGGAUGCUGGCUGGGAUGCUGCCUGAUACCUUGCUGCAUCGAUGACUGCAUGGACGUCCAUCAUUCGUGCCCCAACUGCCGGGCAUAUUUGGGCCGCUACCGACGAUAGGAUUGAUAUUAAAAUCACCAGGACUAGAGGUUCCAGUUCAGUGGUGUAUCGUUUUUACUUUAAGCAAGCGGUUUUGCCUUUAUUUAUUUAAUUGUAGUAAUGUCAUUUGAAUUCCACAGCGAAGGCAGAUGGAUCAAGCCAAGGCUUCCCUUAAUCUAACUCUAACUCCGCCGUUUUUUAUUUUGGUUCGCCCAAUUCUUAACUUUUACGUGAAUGUUUCUGCCACGCUAAAGAUAGUAAUAUGUGUACAUUAAAAUAUCCAGCGCUUUGCGGACAGGAGAACUACUACGAAAAUAAAAUAAUGUAAUCUUUCUUUUACGUACUCAUAUACUUAUGUAUGUAUCAACCUGAUUACAAUCACUUCAAAGUUGCUUUUUCGUACAUUUCGAAAAAAACAGGCUUUUAAAUAUUUGCACAACUUGUAAAACCAUUCAAAACCAGCUUGGGUCUUUGCACAAUAUUUGAUAAACAAGUCGCAUAAAUAGAAUGUAGUCAAAAAGACAAAAUACAAGAUAUUUUUGUAACAAUUUGUAAAAGUCUUCGCGAAAAUGCAUAUUGUAUACUAUGAAAGCUAAUCUCUGUAAUACAUAUUCACCAUGCCGUAUAAUUGACUUUUAAUUUUUAAAUAAAACGUAAAAUGUCACUAAAGAA